UCUCAGAACCUGGAAAAUUUCGCCAAAAAGUGAAGGGAGACUUCUUUACUGCUUGGAUAUAAUAUUUUGGUAUACUCGGCUUCUUGAUCUUUUUGCUGUGAAUCAGCAUGCUGGCCCGUACCUGACAAUGAUUGGGAAAAUGACAGCAAAUAUGUUCUAUAUUGUGGUCAUGAUGGCCAUAGUCCUGUUGAGUUUUGGAGUGGCACGAAAGGCAAUCCUUUCGCCAGAGGAGCCUCCUUCUUGGACUCUGGCACGAGAUAUUGUAUUUCAACCCUACUGGAUGAUGUUUGGUGAGGUCUAUGCUGGAGAAAUAGAUGUCUGCGAAACUAAUGAAGACUGUCCUCCUGGCUCCUUCCUCACGCCGUUCCUCCAAGCUGUCUACCUCUUUGUGCAGUACAUCAUCAUGGUCAACUUGCUUAUUGCUUUCUUUAAUAAUGUUUAUUAUGAUUUGAAAUCCAUAUCUAACAAGCUCUGGAAGUACAACCGGUACCGCUACAUUAUGACCUACCAUGAGAAGCCAUGGCUGCCUCCACCUUUCAUCCUUCUGAGCCACAUUGGACUUCUGAUAAACCGCAUCUUCCACCAUCAGCCUCCAAAUGAGCUGGAUCAGGAGGAAGGCGACGUUGGACUAAAGUUGUACCUGAGUGACGAAGAGUUAAAGAAACUCCAUGACUUUGAGGAACAGUGUGUGGAAAAAUAUUUUCAUGAGAAGAAUGAAAGCCUGAGUUCCAGUGACAGUGAAAGGAUCCGUCUGACAACAGAAAGAGUGGAGGAGAUGUUUCUGCAGCUAAAAGAAGUGCAUGAGAAGGUAUUUUAUAUCAAGGAGUCUUUACUCUCCCUGGACAGCCAGCUAGGACAUUUGCAAGACCUGUCUGCCUUGACAGUGGACAUCCUGAAAGUGCUUUCAGCUGUAGACACCCUGCAGGUGGAAGAAGCUUUACUGGCUAACACAAAACACCGAACCUGUAGGAAAUUGCCCCACAGCUGGAGCAAUGCACUCUAUUCCAAGACCUUGAGCAGCCUGGAGUGUUUGUAUGACAAGAAGUACCACUACUACAGCAUGCCACCUUCCCUUUUACGGAGCUUGGUAAGGAGUCAGUGGCCAUCAGAGUGCAAAGACCAUGUAUUGAGAGCCGAGAGUAACAAAGUGGUAGAAGACAGCUCUCGAAAGAUAGAAAUAGAAAGUGACACACUCACUUCAGGAGUAUCCUCUGAGACUAAGUCAACCCCUAGAUAUGGACAAUUUUUGCUGGUGCCCCCUGACCAUCAGGGAGGGUCUUUCUCUGAGGAUGUUACCUUAAAUUUGUCCUUUUUGAGCACUCCUGACAGGUACAGGGAUGAUGCAUUCAAAGAUGAACUGCAAAGUAGCAUUGUGGUGCAGAAAAACUUGCAGAGUGUCAGCCUCAUUGGAAAGGAGCCAGAUUAUCAAUGGAGCCAGCGAGGCUUUGUUAUUAAUUUGCCAUCAGAAAAGACUAAUACUGUUGAGGCUGAUCACCCUCUUGGUCUCCAGCCAUCCCUGGAUGUUGAAGAGAGCGCAGCACCCUCCUGCCAUGACAGAAAAGAAAAUGAAGGUGGUUAUGUGAACUGGGGAUUCUCUGAAGGUGAUGAAAAAGGUGUUUUCAGCUCAGAGAAGAAACAAAAGAAGGCCCUGUGCAUACAUUCUGCCUAUAACAGUGACUGCAAUUGCACGGGUAGUGCUCCCAGACACGUCCAGAUAAGAGAAUCAAAGUCCUUCUCCUACAACUCCGACAGGUCACAUCACAGCAGCAUCACCUCUCAGAACAAGCUGAAACGCAGCACUUCCUUCCGCAUCAGCCCAAUCUGGAGAGACUGGAGUUUCUGCAGGAGCAAUAGUUUACAGUCCCCUAAGAAAGAGAAAAGCGGGAAAACCUGCAAGGCCAUAGGUGAGUCCUUACCAUCCAGUGAGCUACACCACAGUGAGGCAACAAAAGCAAAACAACAAAACAGAGCCAGAAAGUCUGGGAGAGGAAAGAAGAAUCAAAAAACCCUUCAGGUGCCGGUGAUUAGAGUGGAUGAUUGUCCCCAGAACACCCAAGUGAGCUCAGAGCCCGCAGAGAUCAAUGUCUGGGAUGAGCAAGAGAAACACAGCAAGAACUGGCUCACUGUGUCUAAUUUCAGUCAGCUAAGUUUGGAACAUCUCAGUUGUAUGCACCAGAAGAUGAAAAAUCAAGACAUUGGUAGGCACAGCAUACCAUUCUGUGAUUACCUGAGGCAUUCUCGAGAGGAUUUGAGUAAUAACAUAUAUGGAACCACCAAGAAAAGUAAUCUGACCAGGAACUCCUUGUUGAGAACUUCAGAGGAAACUGACAAUAUCUUCGCCUGCUUGAAAACAUCUCAAGAUCUGCAUCAUCACUACUCAGCUGUUGAAAGAAACAACUUAAUGAGACUUUCUCAGACCAUACCAUUUACACCAGUCCAGCUCUUUGCUGGAGAGGAAGUGACGGUCUAUCGGCUAGAGGAAAGUUCACCUAUGAACCUUGACAAAAGCAUGUCUUCCUGGUCCCAGCGUGGUAUGGCUGCAAUGAUCCAAGUCCUGUCACAGGAGGAGAUGGAUGGGGGUCUGCGGCGGGCCAUGAAGGUCAUUUGUACUUGGUCUGAGAAUGAUGUAUUGAAGUUGGGACAAGUAUUUAUUGUGAAGUCUUUUCUGCCAGAGGUGGUUCAGACUUGGCAAAAGAUCUUUCAUGAAGGCACAGUGUUACAUCUCUGCCUGAGGGAGAUCCAACAGCAAAGGGCUGCCCAGAAGUUAAUCUAUACCUUCAAUCAAGUCAAGCCUCAUGGCCUUCCAUAUACUCCAAGGUUCCUGGAAGUUUUCCUCAUCUACUGCCAUUCAGCGAAC